AUGGCGGCGUCCGGGUGGGCGCGCGCGGCGGUGCUGCUGCUCUGCGCCUCCGAGCUGUUGCUGCCGCCUGCGGGCUGCGCGGCCGAGGGCCCGGCCGGGACGCCGGGCGAGGCGACCCCACAGCCUCGGAAGAAGAAGGACAUCCGCGACUACAACGACGCGGACAUGGCGCGCCUGCUGGAGCAGUGGGAGAAAGACGACGACAUAGAGGAGGGGGACCUGCCGGAGCACAAGCGGCCCUCGGCGCCCAUCGACUUCUCCCAGAUCGACCCCGGCAAGCCCGAGAGCAUCCUGAGGAUGACGAAGAAGGGGAAGACGCUCAUGAUGUUUGUCACCGUGUCCGGGAGCCCCACCGAGAAGGAGACGGAGGACAUCACCAGCCUGUGGCAGGGCAGCCUCUUCAACGCCAACUACGAUGUGCAGAGGUUCAUCGUGGGGGCGGACAGGGCCAUCUUCAUGCUCCGUGACGGGAGCUACGCCUGGGAGAUCAAGGACUUCCUGGUUGGCCAGGACCGGUGUGCAGAGGUGACGCUGGAGGGGCAGGUGUACCCCGGCAGAGGCGCAGGCAAGGAGAAGAACAGGGCGAAGCAGCAGGCCCAGAAGGAGGACCGUCGGGCCGGGAAGGGGAGGGAAGACCUGUGAGGCCCUCCCCGACGGCGCCAGCUCCUUCCAGAAGGGACCUGCGGCGAGGCUGCUGCGGCCAGCACCAGGGUGGCUGUGGACAGGAUUACGGGGGGGACGACAGGUCAGUGAUGGACACGGCGCCUGCGUUGGGCGUUUGUGCUGACAUCAGCGGGCACGGGCUGCGUCCCUCGUCUCUGCCGGGCUGUGGGCUCCCAGGGGCCGUGGCCGCUGCCUCCCGGUGCCUGGUCCCUCUGCCCUGCUGCCCAGUCUUGUGCGCUGUUGGCCGGAGGGCUGGGCCCAGUCAGAUGGUGUCUUCAGGCCUCGGCCAUCACUGGUCCGGCUCAGCAGCUGCAGGUGUGCUGUCGUCGCCGGGCCGGGUGUGGGUCCCCGAUGCCUGGUCAGCCAGGCCCCGAGGAUGUCCUUGUCCCUGCGUGGGCACCACAGGCAGGGCACUCACCGAGGGCCCUCUGCUCCGAGUCUCCGCUGGAGCCCUUGCCUGAGGGCCCUGGGCAUCUGUCAGCCUGGGCGUGGCUCGAGCCUGGCCUUGGUGUCCGCUUCAGGGACAAAGCUGGUGUCGCGGGCCUCGUCCUGCGGCGUGGCGCCAAGCAGCCUUGCUGGUGCCCGAGCCCUGCCCUCGCCAAGUGCCUGCACCUGGAUGCCCUGCCCGCGCCAUCUCGUUUUCGCUGGCAAGGUGGCGCCAACUAGGAUCCUGCCAUGGACUUUGUGAACAGGUGUUGCUUCUGAGAACCCAGAUAUUUGUAAAACUCUUCAGUUGUGAUUUUAACAAAAUAAAAACCGCACGUGUCACCAGGGUGGAUGGCGGCAUCAUUCC